AUGGCUCUGGACGGCGAGCGGGGGGCGCAAGAGGAGGAGAAGAAAAAGAAGAAGAAGAAAAAGAAGAGGAAGAAGAAGGAGGAGGAGGAGGGGGCUGAGAAGAGAUCACCCUUCGCGGCCACGAUGGGGGAGAACGGCGCCGGGCUCCAGGCCGGCGGCAGGGGGCUCUCGGACCCGUGGGCGGACUCCGCGGGGGUGCGACCCCGCACCACCGAGCGCCACAUCGCGGUGCACAAGCGGCUCGUGCUGGCCUUCGCCGUGUCCACCGUGGCGCUGCUCGCGGUCACCAUGCUCGCGGUGCUGCUCAGCCUGCGCUUCGCCGAGUGCGGGGCGCGCGAGACGCCCGGCGCCGACGGCGGCCCCGCCGGCUUCCCGGCGCGCGGCGGCAACCGGAGCCUUCCAGGGGCGGCCCGGCGCGACCACCACGCCGGCGGGGACUCCGCGCAGCCCGAGGCAGGAGGGGAGGCCGCCCCCGGGACCCCGUCUGCCCCGCCGCCGUCGGAGGAGGAGCGCGAGCGGUGGCAGCCUUGGACGCAGCCGCGCCUGUCGGGCCACCUCAAGCCGCUGCACUACAAUUUGAUGCUCACCGCCUUCAUGGAGAACUUCACCUUCUCCGGGGAGGUCAACGUGGAGAUCGCGUGCCGGAACGCCACCCGCUACGUCGUGCUGCACGCCUCCCGGGUGGCGGUCGAGAAGGUGCAGGUGGCCGAGGACCGGGUGGCCGGGGCUGUCCCAGUGGCCGGCUUCUUCUUCUACCCGCAGACCCAGGUCUUGGUGGUGGUGCUGAAUAGGACCCUGGACGCGCAGAGGAAUUACAACCUGAAGAUCAUCUACAACGCCCUGAUCGAGAACGAGCUCCUGGGCUUCUUCCGCAGCUCCUACGUGCUCCACGGGGAGAGAAGAUUCCUUGGUAUUACUCAGUUUUCGCCUACACAUGCCAGAAAGGCAUUUCCUUGUUUUGACGAGCCCAUCUACAAGGCUACUUUCAAAAUCAGCAUCAAGCAUCAAGCAACCUAUUUAUCUUUAUCCAAUAUGCCAGUGGAAACUUCUGUGUUUGAGGAAGAUGGAUGGGUUACGGAUCACUUUUCACAGACCCCUCUCAUGUCCACAUAUUAUUUAGCCUGGGCAAUUUGCAACUUCACAUACAGAGAAACUACCACCAAGAGUGGGGUUGUAGUACGAUUAUAUGCAAGACCGGAUGCUAUCAGAAGAGGAUCCGGGAACUAUGCUCUCCAUAUAACAAAGAGAUUAAUAGAGUUUUAUGAGGACUACUUUAAAGUGCCCUAUUCCUUGCCAAAACUAGAUCUUUUAGCUGUGCCUAAGCAUCCGUAUGCUGCUAUGGAGAACUGGGGACUAAGUAUUUUUGUGGAACAAAGAAUACUGCUGGAUCCCAGUGUUUCAUCUAUUUCUUAUUUGCUGGAUGUCACCAUGGUCAUUGUUCAUGAGAUAUGUCACCAGUGGUUUGGUGACCUCGUGACUCCUGUGUGGUGGGAAGACGUGUGGCUGAAGGAAGGUUUUGCUCACUACUUUGAAUUUGUUGGUACAGACUACCUCUACCCUGGCUGGAACAUGGAAAAACAGAGGUUUCUGACGGAUGUUCUCCAUGAAGUGAUGUUGCUUGACGGCUUAGCCAGUUCCCAUCCAGUAUCACAGCAGGUGCUGCAGGCAACGGAUAUUGACAGAGUGUUUGACUGGAUCGCAUAUAAAAAGGGUGCUGCUUUGAUUAGAAUGCUGGCUAAUUUUAUGGGCCAUUCAGUAUUUCAGAGGGGCUUGCAAGAUUAUUUAACCAUUCAUAAGUAUGGCAAUGCUGCCAGAAGUGAUCUCUGGAAUGCGCUAUCAGAGGCUUUAAAAAGGAAUGGAAACUAUGUAAACAUCCAAGAAGUAAUGGACCAGUGGACACUCCAGAUGGGCUAUCCUGUCAUCACCAUCUUCGGAAAUACAACAACAGAAAAUCGAAUAAUAAUUACCCAACAGCAUUUUAUCUAUGACAUCAGUGCUAAAACUAAAGCACUUGAACUUGAAAAUAACAGUUACCUGUGGCAGAUUCCAUUAACUAUUGUGGUAGGAAAUAGAAGCCAUGUGUCUUCAGAGGCAAUUAUUUGGGUGUCUAACAAAUCAGAGCACCACAGAAUAACUUCUUUGGACAAAGGAAGCUGGUUACUGGGGAACAUCAAUCAAACUGGCUAUUUUAGAGUCAACUAUGACUUAAGAAAUUGGAGAUUGUUAAUUGAUCAACUGGUCAGCAACCAUGAGGUUCUCUCUGUCAGUAACCGAGCAGGUUUGAUCGAUGAUGCCUUCAGCCUAGCCAGAGCUGGCUAUUUGCCUCAGAAUAUUCCCCUGGAGGUUAUCAGAUACCUGGCUGAGGAGAAGGAUUUUCUUCCUUGGCAUGCUGCCAGCCGAGCUCUUUAUCCUCUAGACAAAUUACUGGACCGCAUGGAGAAAUACAAUGUCUUCAAUGAAUAUAUUUUAAAGCAAGUUGCAACAACGUACAUGAAGCUUGGAUGGCCAAAAAAUAAUUUUAACGGAUCUCUUGUUGAAACAUCCUACCAACAUGAAGAACUACGUAGAGAAGUUAUAAUGCUGGCAUGCAGUUUUGGCAACAAGCACUGUCACCAACAGGCAUCAACACUUAUUUCAGACUGGAUUUCCAGCAACAGGAACAGAAUACCGCUGAAUGUUAGAGACAUCGUCUACUGUACAGGAGUUUCACUACUAGAUGAGGAUGUCUGGGAAUUCAUAUGGAUGAAAUUCCACUCCACCACAGCCGUUUCUGAGAAGAAGAUAUUGUUGGAAGCCUUAACUUGCAGUGAUGACAGGAAUUUGUUAAAUAGGCUUCUGAAUCUCUCACUGAAUUCUGAGGUGGUGCUUGAUCAAGAUGCAAUUGAUGUGAUAAUCCACGUAGCUCGAAAUCCACGUGGCCGAGACCUUGCCUGGAAGUUUUUCAGAGAUAAAUGGAAGAUAUUAAAUACCAGGUAUGGAGAGGCAUUAUUUAUGAAUUCCAAACUUAUCAGUGGAGUUACAGAAUUUCUUAAUACUGACGGUGAACUCAAAGAGCUAAAGACCUUCAUGAAGAACUAUGACGGAGUAGCUGCUGCCUCUUUCUCAAGAGCCGUGGAAACUGUAGAAGCCAACGUCCGCUGGAAAAUGCUUUAUCAAGAUGAGCUUUUCCAAUGGUUAGGAAAAGCUCUGAGGCACUAA